UUAUAAGCAUGCAUGUGAUAUGUGAAUCUAUAGGUAAAAGUACCUCUCCCACCAUUUGCAUCCCCAUCAACCCAACAUAAUCUCCCUUCACCCAUUGAAACCCCAUGACGAAGAUCGACGCCCUCCGUCGACUCCUCCCUUGUCUCUCUCCCACCACCGCCACCUCCAAGGCCACCUCUACUCCCAUCAAGAAACGCCUAAGCACCUCUCUAAGAAACGACGUCGUCGACCCUCUCCACCCCGUACUCACCAACACAAACCAAGACAAAGACAAAGAUUCCCAAGAUUCAACCACAACAACCGAUCUCGAACCGCCCGUUUCGGCCUUCUCACGCCCUUCCAGGUCAAUGGUCAUUGGCACCAUCUUCGGCCAACGCAAAGGCCACGUCUGGUUUUGCUUCCAACACCACCGUCUCUCCACAAAACCCUCUCUCCUCCUCGAACUCUCCAUCCCAACUCACCAACUUGUCCAAGAAAUGAGUUCCGGCACCGUCCGCAUCGCUCUCGAGUGCGACCACUCCGAACUCAGCUCCUGUCCUCUCCAUUCAGUCCCCAUUUGGACAAUGUACUGCAAUGGUCGCAAAAUUGGAUUCGCUACUAAAAGAAAAGCCACUCGCCAUAACCGAUUGAUGUUAAAGACCAUGCAAUCUAUCACAGUUGGAGCAGGGAUGAUACCAACCGGCGUCGGAUCGUCGGGUUACGAGGAGAUCAUGUACAUGAGGGCUAAUUAUGAACAUGUUAUCGGCAACUCUGACUAUGAGUCGUUUCACCUUGUGAACCCAGAUGAAUGUGCUGGCCAAGAACUAAGCGUGUACCUUAUGAGAUCACGGUGAAAAAGGCUGGAAGUACAGAGAGGUUAAAUUUUAUGGGUCUUUAUUGUAGUGUAUUUUGUCAGUUUCUUCGUUUAAGUAGCAAAUUGGGGUUUUCUCUUACUCUAUGGGAAGCUUCUCAAAUCUGUUUUCUUCUUGGGGUUUCUUUAAAGUUUUUCAAGAGGCUUGAAAGUUGAGUUUUGCAUUGCAAAGAACUCCUUUUCGCAGAUAUUAUUAAUUGGAUUUUGGGUUUUCUGGAAAUGGGAUUUCACUUGUAAUUUUUUCAUCUCCUUUACUUGAACGAGGAUGGUCAAAGAAUAUCUAGCAGGGCUCAUAAGUCAAUUCUGUAAGCUUUUUUCGGCCUUGCUCUCAUAGUUGUAUAAUGGAAUUGCUCCCCAAAAAAAAACUAUACAAUUUUAUUUCAGUUUUGUCUUUUUGCUCUUUCUUUAUUGCUCGGAAACCAUGUUAGUUUUUUUUUUUUUUAUAUAGUUUUUUUUUUUUAUAUAUACUUGUGCAGGAAUAUAUGUCAGAUUAGAUUAAUGUUAAUUAUGAUCAUGUCACUGUCAUGAUGUCUAAUCUGGCUACGUAUUUUAAUAUCACAAGAUUCUCUGGCUACAAAUUCCAUUCAGGCACUGCUGCUGAUUGGAUCUUGUCUAAUCUUUAUAGCAUAUGAGUGCACCCAUCUGUAGUUUUAUCAAAUUGCUCAUAGAGGAUGAAGGAAGGGAAAGCUGUAGUUGGAGAACUUGCAGAGCCUUGUAAUGGAGACUGAGUUAGCAUAUUUCAGGGGCUCUUGAUCUACAUUAAUAUUCACCGUCAUAAAACAUAGUAAGGAACAUAAUACAUUUCUUUAAAUAGUAAUGCUUUAAAGGAAAAUAUUCAAAGCUUUCACUUUGCUGAAGAUUCAAAGCUUCAA